AUGUAUUAUUAUUAAUCAUUAUUAAUUAGGCAAAUUUUUAAGCCACAUUGUUAUUGAUGUGUAGAAUUAAUUAUGCUUUAGGAUGCUUGUCAAAAGUUCUUGCAAGUUUACUGUAUGUGAUUAAAACUUUAUUGUUCUUGUUAAAUUCGAAUAUUAAAACAUGUAUCAAAAUAUACUGUACAAUUUUGGUUUAUUUUAAAACAAUAAUGGAAGUAUUGUAUAGCUGUGUUAGUCUUGACAAUAAUAUUCAUGAGUAAUAAUUAGGUAGUACUCUGAGACUAACUUUGGAUAUGAAAUUUAUUUAACACAAGCUUUUGCUGGCAGUCAAUGCCAGCUUCAUCAGGGGUGUAAAGUAGAAAACCUUCAAACUUUAGUCUUGUUAUGCAAGCUUGAUAAAAUUUCUGCAAAGGUAUUUAGCAAACAAACAUCUUUAAAAACACAAUCCUUCUCAUUUAACUGAACUCUCCGUGCUCUCUGAAUGAUGUGUUGAAACAAUUCAAAAUAAAUUAAACAAUUCAAAUACUUUAGUUAAAAAACAUGAUUUUGGGGCACGUAACUAAUAGGGACCCAUUCGAAAAAUAGCUGUUAAAAACAAUUUCCAACAUAAUAUUUUUGAAGAAAAAAAAACGGCUCCUGAAAUAGUAGAACAUGGAAGCUUUCAAGGAAAAUUGAAGACUCACAGAAACCACCUGCCCUCCACCCCCCCCCCCAGCCAUACCUUGGGUUCACUGCUGAAUUGGUAGUAAAAGAAACUUGUUGAAUAUAAUUAAGAAACUUUAUACAUGUAAAAUGCAAAGUAAUAUUUAAGUAAAUCUCCAAUUUUAUUUUAAAUAUUUGUAAGUGAAUUGUAUACAGUGAUUAAAAACAAAAAAAAAUUAGGUGUAAGCAUAUUUAAUGUUAAAAUUGGCAGUCUGUUUUGGCCAGAUGAUGUGGUGUUAAUGGCAGAUAAUGCUCAACACUUGUACUUACUAUUGGAAACUGCACAAAAAUUUUCAAGAAAAUCUAAACUCGCUUUGAAUUACGACAAAUCUAAUGUUUUAUUACAGGACAACGACUUCAUGUACAUAGGAAAUGGUGACUCUGAAAUUAUUAUAUUCUUGAAAGUGAAACAUAUAAAUAUCAUGGAGUACACAUUUCUCCAUCAUUAUCCGAUAUACACCAUAUAGACCAAGUAAUCAAAAAGGCAAUGUAUAUAGAAAAUGUAGUAUUAGGACAAACUUUUUAUUUCCAUUGUAAAGAAUAUUUAAUUAAUGUAUGGACAAAGUAGAUCUUGUCCAUGCAAUUUUUUUUUGUAUAUUUUCAUUGUAGUUUGUGAAAUGUGUUGUUAUUUGGAUGCACCACCAAGUGGUGUGUGUCACUGAUACAAAAGUGUUUCAAUGAAGUUCAGUUCAUUACGACAACAUAAUAAGUAUUGUCACAAUAGAAAGCCCACAUUUACAUGCAUUUGUAUUUCAUUCAAAGGAUCACAAUACUGUAUUGUAUAUUGUUGAGCAGACACCAACUUCCUCAAAAGGUAAGCCAUUUUUAAAAAUUUUGUAAGUGUGGUAUUCAUUCAAAGGAUCACAAGCAGACUCCAACUUCCUCAAAAGCACACUCACCGAUACAGACAAAUGGAAAUUUCAGGAAAAAAUUCAAGUUUUGUUUACGCCCAUUGCUGCCUUGAAAUCUCCAAAAAUAAGGCAUACAAAUAUGAUCUGUUGAAAUGGUGGAAAUAAUUACAGAAUUCAGACCAGUAGCCGUGUUCUUUCUAACAGAAGUAACAAUCGAAUGUAAGAUAAAGGGGAUGGCUGAACAUCAUGUAGCAUCAUGGUUUCACGAUGAAAAAGCAAUUACAUUUGGUGAAGAGGUCAUUAAACAUGAAUUUAACAUAAUACUCCAGUGUGCCACGGAUGGUAUACACACGUACACAAUCAAAAUGGAUGCUGAACAACCUCUUGAAGGAAUGUACACAAUGAAAGUCUAUGAACGAGGUCCAAAUAGAAAUCUGGAUGUUGUAGCACAAAAAGAUAUUGCUUGCCUUGAAAUUAAACGCAGAUAUGAACAUGAAGAUAUCCGAUUUGAAUUUAUCGGAUAUACUCCACCACUGUGGAUUACUGGAGGUGGAGUAUCUAUUGAAGAUAAGCCGUUUUAUGGUAAACGUCUAUGUGUCCUUGGUUUGGAGAUAGAAAUUCAGGCCCCAUGGGUAAAAGGUGUUAAUGAGGGUCACGUGGUAUGUUGGUGUUUAAAUGGGAAAGUGUUAACUCACGGAAAAGAUGUUGUUGAAGAAAGUCAAAAGCAUCGAUUGGUUCCUCAAAUUAAAGAGAAUGGAGUUCACACGCUGACAAUAAAGAAGGCUCAAAUAACUGACGAGGGUACUUACUCUUUCAGAGUUUAUGAAGCAGGCUCAGAGUUGCAGAAUAUGCUGGUCACAAGUGACAUUACUAAUAUUAAGAUCCUAUAUUGAAGCACUUGUUUGAUAGUUUGUGGGUAAUAUGGUGUCCAAACAAAUACAAUGCAUAAUACAUAGAAAAAUGCAACCAAUAGCCAUGAAUGCACAGUACUUUAGAUGUUCAGCGUUAAAACCAUCAAAUCCAAUAAACUUACUGCCAGUCAGUCCAAGUAAUCAUUUGGAAAGUUAUAUGGAGUGAUAAUGCUAGAAGUUAAAAUCACUGAUACAAAAUAUUUAUAAGUAUUGUUUUAAACACAAUUAAAUAACUUCUCCUAGUGGUCUGAGUCAGUGCGUGUAUUACUACUGUAACGUUUUUUCUCUUACUGUACAUUGUUUUAAUUGGCUAACUUCAAAUGCAGGAGUAGACGAGUUGAUGUAUACUCUAUCCCAAAAAUGUUUUAAAUUCUUGGUUUACAAUCAAUUUUUAUCACCUUCAUUGCUCUUUAUUCAGUCUAGAAAACCUACGUGCAAGUUUAAAACGAGACCUAGAAACGUCCUAUUAAUUAAACAGAGGCACAUGUCCCACUAAGAAUGCCUCUCCUGAAAUAUCAUACAUGUCUAAGAUGCUCAGAAACACUCAUUCCAUCCAGGAGCAUAAAAAAACAAAGC